UGGCUGCACUCUCACCACAGUGAAAGGUGCACCGCAUAUCUUGCAGGUCUCUGUUUUGUCAGCUGACUCUGCUUAAAAAAAAAACUAAAUAAAAGACGGAGCAAAGUAUUUUAGGCAAUGAAUCUGUCAGAUGAAAAUGUUCAGCAGCAUCUUAUUUUCCAGAAGCCCCCCGUUCAGCUUUGGCGAUCCCAGACAGGAGCUGGUAUUCUCAGCUGUUUCGCUUUCUCCGUGUUGGUGGCAAGGUGCUUCUGAUGAUAGCGGCGAGGAGUCACACACCUAACUGAGGGAUAGCUGUCUACUGCCAUCAUUCUCACAUGCUAAAGAAAAAAAAAAUAUCCAGCUGUCAUCAGGAGCGUCUAUCUUUAGGAGGGAGGAGCGAAAAAUGCCCCCAUAUAACCGUAAAAAAAUACAAAUCUUUGUUUAACGAACACACUAGUGGAGAGAUUAACAACAUUUUGGUGAAGAAAGAAUUUGGACAUUUGUAUGCUUUUAAACCCGACAUUCUGCUCUGGAUCACUUUUUUGCAAGGAACAGAUCUUUAUCCACAUCGUAUUGGGAUAAAGGGAAAAUCUAAAAGGAAGACUUGUUAUGUUAUGAAGAAACAGUGACUUUCGUUCCGUCUGUCUGUGAUUAACUACAGAGAGACGCAGAAGGCAACUAAGCCUGCCAAAGAAUAUAUUGACUAGGGCAUUGUAUUUAUAGAAGUUUGAUGGUUUCCGCUGCUACGUGGUUAAGGAUUUGGAAAAGGAUGGAAAGCUAUGCCGAGAAAACGACAGGUUGUAAUUGAUGAAUGUUUGCUAUAGAGAAGGUCCUAGUGCACGUUGUUUGCACGGAGCGUUCAAUUUCAAACAGAUUGGUCUUGCAGGUGCGUUUGUGGGAUCAGAAGGCAAAUUGGACCAUUUGGAGUUACGGUCAUCCACGUGGGACUUAAAAGCCUGAGCGGAGCUUUUAACAAUGGGCUGCUGCAGUGGAAGAUGUACACUUGUCUUUAUAUGUGGCAUGCAACUGGUCUGCAUAUUGGAACGCCAAAUAUUUGACUUCCUUGGAUACCAGUGGGCACCAAUCCUUACAAACUUUGUGCAUAUUAUUACCGUGAUACUUGGUGUCUUUGGAACAGCCCAGUUCAGACCAAGAUAUGUAACCGGGUAUGCAGUCUGGCUGGUCCUCUGGGUCACGUGGAAUGUGUUUGUUAUCUGCUUCUACUUGGAGGUCGGAGACCUUUCAAAGGAUACGGACCUAAUUAUGACAUUCAACAUGUCCAUGCAUCGUUCUUGGUGGAUGGAAAAUGGACCUGGUUGCAUGGUGACUCCAGUGACCCCAGCUCCCAACUGGGCACCAGAGGACCAUCGCUACAUUAGUAUCUCGGGAUGCUUGCUGGAGUACCAGUAUAUAGAAGUAGCUCACAGUACCCUUCAGAUUAUCCUUGCACUUGCUGGAUUUAUCUAUGCCUGUUAUGUUGUGAAAUUAAUUACUGAAGAAGAAGAUAGCUUUGAUUUUAUAGGAGGGUUUGAUUCUUACGGUUAUCAGGGCCCACAGAAGACCUCACAUUUGCAACUACAGCCUAUGUAUAUGUCAAAGUAACCCAGGUGGCUGCCUUAAGAAAAAAAAAAUCAAAGGAUAGUGACCUUCUGUGUUUAGCUUAUACGUCUUAAAAAAUGCUACAGUGUCUUAAAAACUGAUUUAACAAAAGAAAAAAAGAUCCUGUGGUUUAACCUCAACGACUAAAAUAAAAUAAAAAAUGCACUGGACUUUGUCUGUACACAACAAAUCAAGCAGCAAGUUAAACCAGAUGGACUUAAGAGGAUCCAGCAGAAGAGUGCCCUCUAGAGGCAUGGUCCUUACUGUUAAUCAUAUCUCCAGUCUGUCAGUUGCUGCUCUCAAUCAAAUAACCAGAAUUUAAGGUUAUUAACGAUAUUGAUUUUAUAAAGAAAAGUAUCUCUUUUUGUUGUUGUUGUAGCUUGAGUAAUACUCUUAAGUGCCAAGAUGUAUUAAUAGGUAGAAGAUUGAAAAAUGUCCUUUAAGCAAAAAAAUUCUUGGUUUAAACUAUAACCUGUCACUUUUACUAAACCAAAAAGGUUUUCAAGGUGAAGUUCAAUGGCAACACACAAGUCCACACUGAUUAAUUGGUUUUACGAGUGCAGCUUUCAAAGUACAUUUAGCUAUUGGAAGAACAUUUUAUCUAUUUGCAGUGGCCAAAACAAUAUUUUGCCUAGGUUGCACAUAAAUUAUGUAAAGCAUUAACAGCACAUACAAACUUCCGAAGCAAACCUAAUAUAAAUUAGCAAGGAAAAAGUGGGUGAUUCACAGUUUCUCUGUAUCGGAUAAUGCCUAUUAUUAUGUGAUGUAAUAAAUGCGUGCACAGACAUGUCUGGUGGAUUGACUAAGAAUUUUUUAUUAUUAUUAUUUCUAUUAACUUUGGCCAACUUUAACAUACGUAACAGUGUUUACUCUUUUAUAGUUAUUAUAAGUUUAUUGUAUGGUGUAAAUGAAUUGUUUUUCUUAAAGCUGUAAAAAAAUGUAUUGGUGGUUUCCUGAUAAUACAGUGUUAAGAGGGGAAGUAGUCUGUGAUAGAGUGUAUAUUUUAUCUUCCAUGUGCUGUGGCUGAAAACUGUGCUUUGUGUAGGUGGCACGAAACCAUGAAGAACUGAAGAGUAGCUCUUUGUGCUUGUCUUCUCCUCCAGGGAUCUCUUUCCAUGUAUGAAAGGGUUUGUAAAGGAGGGCUUGUACUGCAAUCAUAUUCUGCUGCUGUAUCCAUUUUGGGUGGACAGUCUGAAAAUGCAAAUGCUUUCAGGCUGAACACAAGGAAAUACCCCAGUAAUUCUCCAACCUGUUUUUAAUGGUAAACUUGGAACGGAAGUGACAUUUAAAAUCUGUAAUGGAGUAACAGAAGUGAGAAAUUAAACAAAAUGGCUGCAGUGUCAGAAAAUACAAUUGCAAAUAAAUUCUCCCCAAAAUAAAUUGUGGAAGAGAAGCUGCAUAAAGAAUUGUCCAGUGUAUAGUAGUGGAUAAUUUUGUUUUAAAAGACUGACCAUUUGCAGCCAGUGUUGCUGUACUUUAUUUCUGGACUUAAACUGAACUUCUUGUAUUGAAUGUAAUCUGUUUUGCGCAGUCCCUUCACAAUUAAGCGUAAAGUUGGCCAGAUCCCUGUUCACAAUCACGUUCUUAUUGUAUUUCACUGUUGUUAUCUGAAUUCUGGCAUCCGAUUUUUUACAGCCCCGCCAUCAUUAAAAUGUUCUCUAAACAUAAAUCUGAAGCAUGUAGAUGAUGUUUAUUUACUGACUUUAUUAAAAAAAAAAAAAAAAAAAAAAAAAAAAAACAUUAUUUAGACUAGAAGCCAUGCGUUUAUCCAGGACAAGUUCAAGAUUUUAAGGACAUGUUUGUAAAUGCUGUAUUCAACAUUCCAAAACAAUAAGAGCCAGAUUUUUUUUUUUUUUUUACUGUGAUGGGUGCUGAACAUUUUUAACCAGUAUAGGGAGCUCCAGUGCAAAGGACCAUUGAGGUCCUUUGUGGCAAUUCUACACUUUAAGGCAGUCAGAUAAUCUCUUUCUAAAUAGUGGUUCAUUAUUUAUUUAACAUUUUAUUGUGCCAUAUAAUAAAAAACUGCACAUACUAUAUAAAUCACUAAUUCAUGCAUGCUGAGUAUAAUUUACUCAGUCUUUCUAUAUGUACUGUAUAUAAACCUAUGUAUGCACUAACCUCAAUGGAAAUAUACAUAUAGUUAAGGCAUGGAGUUAUCACCUUAGGUUUGUAAGCUAUGAAAAAUAAGUUAUCAAGAGUUUCAGCAAGUCACCUUUGCUAUUGAAUGUCCUGCACCCAUUAUAUUCAGUGGUGGUAUCACUACAGUAUGUAAAUAAAUUAUUCAAAACCAGUUGUGAUAUUUUAGAUUUAUUCUAGAAAUUAAUUUGAAAUCCCAAGCAGAGAAUCUUUUUUACAUGCAUAUAGUGCCAUACAAUAUUUAUUCAAAUGUACUUCAAGCAUACACAGUGAGAAAAAAAAACAAAACAAAACAAAAACUUCUUGACCUCAAAAGAACGGCAGUUCUUUUGCUCUGGUUUGGCACUAACUUCUAUUUUUAAUUAGUUUUAGCUAUUUUUCUAUUUCUGUUACUUUUUAAAACUACUGUAAAUAUAAUAAAUUCAGUUUGUGAA